AUGGGCGGCAAUGGGCAGUUCGGCGGCAGCACGCAUGCAGCAAGGAACCGUGGGACAAGCAAUAUGGUUAUGUUAUGCUGGGUAGGUAGCAUGCAAUCAGGAACCAGACGAACGAGAAGGAUGGACAUAUCGGGAGGAGGAGGGGAGCCCAGACCCUCACAUCCAGCCGCCCAUCGACACACACCCCGACACCACGUCCGAGACCCAAGCUCGGUGGCCGUCUGAAAGGCUCUGGGCCGACACAUGA